CGGGCCACUUGAAGGACAGUGAGAGCCAUUUACAUUUCUUUCAGCUUUUGAACAAAUUAUCCCGGGAAAGGCUAUUACGCGAUUUCGUAAGGUUCUGCCGAGAUCGUGCGACUGCUUGAUUCACCGCUUAUCUUGCCAAAACUAUCACCCACCGUUGUAAGUUGCAACAUUGUCUUUACUCUUGAUUUACUCCCCACUCAUGACCAAUUUGCAGCCGGCGCGAGAGCAUUCACCAUUACUCGGAGGCUCUUCAGAUACCAUGAAAGCUAACGAGCGCUCAACUAACUUAUUCUCUCUGGCCGGCCAGGCUGGUAUCAUACUAUUUGCUGUCCUGGUAUGGAGUGUGCUGCUUACCACCCCAUGGUCUUUGUUCUCAUACCAUCCAGCCGGAAUGAGUAUCCUCGUCGUUGCUGCAACUGAAGGCAUUUAUCUUUUGCAACCAACGCACACUCCGCAAGAGAAGAAGGAAGGGCUAAAGUACCAUGCUAUUCUUCAGAUUCUUGGCUACACUAGUGCCGUAAUAGGAGCAACAGCCAUCUUUUAUAACAAAGUCAUUCAUGAUAAACCACAUAUCACCAGCGCUCAUGCAGGCUUUGGAGUCCUCACACUUAGCUAUCUUCUCGUCCAAUUACUGUUUGGUGUCUUCAUGGCCUACGUCCCUUCUGUGUUUGGCGGAACUUCACAAGCAAAAGCUCUGUGGAAGUAUCAUCGUGUGUCGGGAUAUGUGUUGCUGAUCAUGGUCUGGAUCACUGCACAGCUUGGUGCUCAUGCUGAUUUCAUGGUUGACAAUUUCCCUGUACCGAGCUUUUUGUGGCUGUAUUGGGUAUCUCUGGCCCUAGUCGCGAUCGGUAUCUUCAAGAGAACGGAUGUGAGCAAGUGGGGAUUGAAAAGCCGCCGUCAAUGA